ACGGAUACGGAUCUUGUCCCUACUUCAUCUAAAUCGCAGUUGUCCAAAUAUGCUUUCUCUUGAUUAGUAUAUCAUAUAGAGCACACGGAGAGACUAAUAAAUAUUCACAAAAAAUUCUGAGAGAGGAGACAAAGCCAAGCUGGAAUUGACAGAACCUAUUGAGAGUGCUCGUGUGCAUGGUUAGACAUUUUGUAUAAGAUAAUAAAACUUGCAUUAUUCAAUUCCUUGAAGAUAGGCAUGAUGAGAUUUACACGAGUGGCUAUUAAUUGCCUUCAAUAGCAGACAAGCCAGCUCUGUCUGAAUAUAUCUCAUUGCAAUGAAACUAAUCUCAAUGCAUUAAGUAAAUUAUGUAUAUAGUUGGAGGGAGACACUUUAGCUUAUAUGGUACUGGAGGAGAUCUUUUAUUAAUGGUUAAUAUUUUCACCAAACCACCAAUAUUUUCAAUAUAGUUAGCAUAAUGCAAGCGUGUGAGAUCAAGGGAAAUUAGAUAUUUAAAUAAAGAUUACAGUUUCUGAAAGUUGUAUUUCUUCUUAAAUUACACCAACCACAUAACAUAGCAAAAUGCCAAAACCUACUUUCCUUGAGGAAAUUCUAUAGAGAAUAAAAAUUAACAACUUUGGUUUAUUUAUGUUCUCACGUAAAUUUAUUUUUGUAAUCUCUUUCUCCAAGUUAUAGUUCAUAUUUUGCCUUGACUAUUUCUUUCAGAGAUAAGGGUUAGCUUCAAGAGCAGACAAGCCAGCUCUGUUUUCGAAUAUCGAAUAGUCGCUCGUGCAAUGGCAACUCAGUGCAUUAAGUAAAUAGAGAAUUGAGCUGUGAGGAUGGUUGGAGAGAGACAUAGAACUGAUAUGGCGGAGAUCUUGAUCCAUUAUUUUUAUUUUCAUAUUUGAUGCUUAACCACCCUCAGAUUCCUCUUGCCUCUCUUUCCUGAUGGUGUAUAUAUGUAUUGACCGGAGAGGCAUUGAGAAGGCAGAACAAACAUCUUUAGCUCUCUCAACAUAUUCUUCUUCAUCAAUAACAAAGAGCCUAAGAUCAAUAAAAAUGGCUGUCUCCUUCCACGUUCGCUCCCACAGUUAUCCCUCGAUACCUCACCCACAAGCCACUCAUGUUGAUGAGCAGUUGGCCGGAUUAAGAUCUUCUGAAGAAACCUCAACAUCUUCAAGCUCUUCUAUCUGUCAAAGACUUGACAACCUUCAAGACUUACAUGAGUCUCUUGACAAGCUUAUCCGCCUACCCGUUACACAACACGCUUUAGGUCAAGAGCAGAACAAGAAAGCCGUUGAGCAGCUUCUUGAUGGAUCUCUCAGGAUCUUGGAUGUGUGCAACAUUUCCAAGGAUGCUUUGUCCCAGAUGAAAGAAGGUCUCAUGGAGAUCCAAUCGAUUCUAAGAAGAAAGCGCGGAGAUCUAUCAGGAGAGGUCAAGAAAUACUUAGCUUCAAGAAAGUCCUUCAAGAAGACAAUCCAGAAAGUACAAAAGUCUCUCAAGGUUGCACAAGCCGAAGACAACAACGACAAAUCUUUGGCUGUGUUUGGAGAAGCAGAAGCCGUUACAAUUGCUCUGUUUGAUUCUCUCUUUAGCUACAUGUCUGGAUCAAAGACUUGUAGCAAAUGGUCAGUCGUCUCAAAGCUAAUGAACAAGAAGAAAAUUACAUGUGAAGCACAAGAAAACGAAUUCACUAAGGUUGACUCCGAAUUCCAAUCCGAGAAGACUUUGAAAAUGGAGGAUGUGCAGAUCCUAGAGUCAUGCAUUCAAGAUUUGGAAGAUGGACUUGAAUCAUUAUCUAAGUCUUUGAUCAAAUACAGAGUUUCAAUUCUUAACAGCUUUGGCCAUUAAAGCCUAAUAAUUUUGUACAGAAAAGAAAAGUUAAUAGAAACAAAUUCAACUCUCAAUUCCAAA